UCAACUCUGACCUAUCACGUAAUCAAAGAGGAUGGGAAAUUUCCCUUAAUCUUAAUUUUUCUGUUUUUUUGUGGGUCAGCAAUGCACCCAAGGGGAAAUUUGAGUUAUUUUAUCUUCUGGCAGUUAAGAAAAUCCACUCCAGAGCCAGAUAGUGCUGGCUUCUAAUCCUAGCUCUGCACUUAACAGCUGUGUGUCUUGCAAAUUACCAAACUCUGUAGCCCAGCUGCCGUAAAAUGAGGACAGCAAGGGCCUCAUGAGGAUUAUUUAAUCUCCAACAGUGUCUGGUUAAGUUCCACUUUCAUGUUAUUGUUACGCAUGCGUGAAAACUUUUGAUAAACGUGUUCCAACUAAAGAAAUUUAACAAUAGUGUGGUCAUUAUGAAUGCACUUAUCUGUAUCUAUAUUUGUACAGGUGAUUUGCUUGUCUUUUAUACCAACGGUAUCACACCACGCAAGGCAGAUAAGUAUGACGGCUCUGCCCAACCUUGCAGAAUAAGGUCCUUGCUUACUAAAGCCUUAAAUCUUAGCAGGAAAGGGGAGAGACUCACCAGCACACGUACUGCACCGCGCCGCCCUGGAGGGCAGGAGCUCUGGCAAGCGGACGCCGACACGCUGGGAUGACGUCACUGCCGGGCGCCGGGCGCCGGCUUUCUGGUGCCGGAGGCCCGCUGGGCUGUCAAGGUUGCUGGGGACGCAGGGACGAGUGCUAGCUAGUGUCGUGCACGAGGAAGGUGGGUGAGCUUGCUCUCGCCUUCUUAAAGCAGAGACCAGCACUGCCCAGGAUAUCCGGGUCCACUCGACAGCCUUCUUGCGCGAAAGAAAAAGUGCUUCGCACCGUCCUCCUGGCCCAGAUUUAGCUACUGCAAAUCAUUUUCCUCUGGGGAAUUAUCUGUAAAGUUAAGUAUGCUAAUACUAAAUAAGACAGCAAGACAUUUUUUUAAACCAUCAAAAAGAAAAGUUUAUGAAUUAUUAAGAAGUUUUAAUUUUCAUCCUGGACCACAAUUUCUUCAUAAACUAGUCCUGGGAAUUGAAACCAGUUGUGAUGAUACAGCAGCUGCUGUGGUAGAUGACACUGGAAAUGUGUUGGGAGAAGCAAUACAUUCCCAAACUGAAGUUCACUUAAAAACAGGUGGGAUUAUUCCUCCUGUAGCUCAACAGCUUCACAGAGAAAAUAUUCAACGCAUAGUGCAAGAAGCUCUUUCUGCCAGUAGAAUCUCUCCAAGUGAACUCUCAGCAAUUGCAACAACCAUAAAACCAGGUCUCGCUUUGAGCUUGGGCGUAGGCUUAUCAUUUAGCUUGCAGCUGGUAAGCCAGUUAAAAAAGCCAUUCAUUCCCAUUCAUCAUAUGGAGGCCCAUGCACUUACUAUUAGGUUAACCAAUAAAGUAGAAUUUCCUUUUUUAGUUCUUUUGAUUUCUGGAGGUCAUUGUCUUUUGGCAUUAGUUCGAGGAGUUUCAGAUUUCCUGCUUCUUGGAAAGUCUCUGGACAUAGCACCAGGUGACAUGCUUGACAAGGUGGCAAGAAGACUUUCUCUAGUAAAACAUCCAGAUUGCUCCUCCAUGAGUGGUGGGAAAGCUAUAGAGCACUUGGCCAAACAAGGAAACAGACUCCAUUUUGAUAUCACAGCGCCCAUGCAACGUGCUAAAAAUUGUAAUUUUUCUUUUUCUGGACUUCAGCAUAUUGUUGAUAAAAUAAUAACACAAAAGGAAAAAGAAGAAGGAAUUGAAAAGGGACAGAUGCUGUCUUCAGCUGCAGACAUCGCUGCUGCAGUACAGCACACGACAGCGUGCCACAUUGCCAAGAGAACACAUCGUGCUAUCCUUUUUUGCAAGCAGAGACACUUGUUACCUCAAGAUAAUGCAGCCCUGGUUGUAUCUGGUGGGGUUGCAAGUAACUUAUAUAUCAGAAAAGCUCUGGAAAUUGUAACAAACGCAACACAGUGCACUCUGUUGUGUCCUCCUCCCAGACUGUGCACUGAUAAUGGCAUUAUGAUUGCAUGGAAUGGUAUUGAAAGAUUACGUGCUGGCUUGGGCAUUUUACAUGACGCAGAAGGCAUCCGCUAUGAACCAAAAUGCCCUCUUGGAGUAGAUAUAUCAGAAGAAGUUGGAGAAGCUGCUAUAAAAGUACCACGACUAAAAAUGAAGAUUUGAAUUUUGCUUUUCAGAAACAUCCAUAAAGGUUACCACAGGCCUGUGAAAACGUCAGCAUACCGUUCCUGGGACAGUCUGUUGUUUAGAAAGCAGUGAAGAAGGCCGGCGCCGUGGCUUAACAGGCUAAUCCUCCGGCUGCGGCGCGGGCACACCGGGUUCUAGUCCCAGGUGGGGCACCGGAUUCUAUCCCGGUUGCCCCUCUUCCAGGCCAGCUCUCUGCUAUGGCCCGGGAAGGCAGUGGAGGAUGGCCCAAGUCCUUGGGCCCUGCACCCGCAUGGGAGACCAGGAGAAGCACCUGGCUCCUGGCUUUGGAUAAGCGAGAUGCACUGGCCGCAGCGGCCAUUGGACCAACGGCAAAAAGGAAGACCUUUCUCUCUGUCUCUCUCUCUCACUAUCCACUCUGCCUGUCAAAAAAAAAAAAAAAAAAAAAAAAGCAGUGAAGAAAUGAAGAAAAAGUGGGACUGACUUUAUUCAUUUGUUUAAAUAACUCUUAUAUUAAAGAAGCUAUAGAAAAACUGAUAUCCUCUCCAUGAUAUUCAGAAAUAUGAAGGUACUACAAAAGGUUCAUGGAAAAAUGGAAUUAGAAGAUAGAUUUAUUUUGGUGCAACUUAUCUUUUAAUUCCAUAUUCCAAGAACUUUUUGAAUUACCUUUGUAUAGCCUCCACUCAUAUUCCUCCUUCCGUCAGAUACUCUGAAUAAAUAACACUGUUUCCUGCCUUUUACGGUCUCUCCCUGUUCUCCUUUUUGUUUGUGACAUCAGCAAACUGCUCUUGACAUUAAAUGGUUCUCUCCUUGAUUCUGACAAUAUUUGGUCCUACUGUAAACACCCAUGAACAAGUACUAAGCAAAUACAUGAAAUUAAUGAGAAUAUAUGUUCCCAAUUGCAUGUAUGAUAGGAAAGAAUAAGUAAUAUAAACUCUGGUCUCAGACCUAGGCCACUCAAUUCUCAUCUACCAACCGUGUGAAAAACUGUCUAGACUGUUAAUGGAAAAAUAUCCCUGCCCUCAGAAUUUAUAGAUAGAUAAGUUAUAAUGAAACAGAACAACAGCAUGAUCACAUUUUAAGUCCCCAUUAUAUGCUGUGAUUUCUGUGCAUGGCUAGAAAAAAGACCACAUAAAAAAGGAUCUUGGCCAGCGCCGUGGCUCAACAGGCUAAUCCUCUGCCUAGCAG